AUGACAGUCAGGAGGAACGUUUUGCCUCGACUGCUGCCUCUUGAAACCACGUACCAAUCAGCCCCUACCCAAAGGCCUCCAUUCACAAUCAGCCCCUACCCAAUAGCCUCCAUUCACAAUCAGCCCCUACCCAAAGGCCUCCAUUCACAAUCAACCCCUACCCAAAGGCAUCCAUUCUCAAUCAGCCCCUACCCAAAGGCCUUCAUUCACAAUCAGCCCCUACCCAAAGGCCUCCAUUCUCAAUCAGCCCCUACCCAAAGGCCUCCAUUCACAAUCAACCCCUACCCAAAGGCAUCAAUUAACAAUCAGCCCCUACCCAAAGGCCUCUAUUCACAAUCAGCCCCUACCCAAAGGCCUCCAUUCACAAUCAGCCCCUACCCAAAGGCCUCUAUUCACAAUCAGCCCCUACCCAAAGGCCUCCAUUCCCAAUCAGCCCCUACCCAAAGUCCUCCAUUCACAAUCAACCCCUACCCAAAGGCCUCCAUUCACAAUCAACCCCUUCCCAAAGGCAUCCAUUCACAAUCAGCCCCUACCCAAAGGCCUCUAUUCACAAUCAGCCCCUACCCUAAGGCCUCCAUUCACAAUCAGCCCCUACCCAAAGGCCUCCAUUCACAAUCAGCCCCUACCCAAAGGCCUCUAUUCACAAUCAACCCCUACCCUAAGGCCUCCAUUCACAAUCAGCCCCUCCCCAAAGGCCUCUAUUCACAAUCACCCCCUCCCCAAAGGCAUCCAUUCACAAUCAGCCCCUACCCAAAGGCCUUCAUUCACAAUCAGCCCCUACCCAAAGGCCUCCAUUCUCAAUCAGCCCCUACCCAAAGGCCUCCAUUCACAAUCAACCCCUACCCAAAGGCAUCCAUUCACAAUCAGCCCCUACCCAAAGGCCUCCAUUCACAAUCAGCCCCUACCCAAAGGCCUCCAUUCACAAUCAGCCCCUACCCAAAGGCCUCCAUUCACAAUCAACCCCUACCCAAAGGCCUCCAUUCACAAUCAGCCCCUACCCAAAGGCCUCCAUUCACAAUCAGCCCCUACCCAAAGGCCUCCAUUCACAAUCAGCCCCUACCCAAAGGCCUCCAUUCACAAUCAGCCCCUACCCAAAGGCCUCCAUUCACAAUCAGCCCCUACCCAAAGGCCUCCAUUCACAAUCAGCCCCUACCCAAAGGCCUCCAUUCACAAUCAGCCCCUACCCAAAGGCCUCCAUUCACAAUCAGCCCCUACCCAAAGGCCUCCAUUCACAAUCAACCCCUACCCAAAGGCCUCCAUUCACAAUCAGCCCCUACCCAAAGGCCUCCAUUCACAAUCAGCCCCUACCCAAAGGCCUCCAUUCACAAUCAGCCCCUACCCAAAGGCCUCCAUUCACAAUCAGCCCCUACCCAAAGGCCUCCAUUCACAAUCAGCCCCUACCCAAAGGCCUCCAUUCACAAUCAGCCCCUACCCAAAGGCCUCCAUUCACAAUCAGCCCCUACCCAAAGGCCUCCAUUCACAAUCAGCCCCUACCCAAAGGCCUCCAUUCUCAAUCAGCCCCUACCCAAAGGCCUCCAUUCACAAUCAACCCCUACCCAAAGGCAUCCAUUCUCAAUCAGCCCCUACCCAAAGGCCUCCAUUCACAAUCAACCCCUACCCAAAGGCAUCCAUUCACAAUCAGCCCCUACCAAAAGGCCUUCAUUCACAAUCAACCCCUACCCAAAGGCCUCCAUUCACAAUCAGCCCCUACCCAAAGGCCCCCAUUCACAAUCAGCCCCUACCCAAAGGCCUCCAUUCACAAUCAGCCCCUACCCAAAGGCCUCCAUUCUCAAUCAGUCCCUACCCAAAGGCCUCCAUUCACAAUCAACCCCUACCCAAAGGCAUCCAUUCUCAAUCAGCUCCUACCCAAAGGCCUCCAUUCACAAUCAACCUCUACCCAAAGGCAUCCAUUCUCAAUCAGCCCCUACCCAAAGGCCUCCAUUCACAAUCAACCCCUACCCAAAGGCAUCCAUUCACAAUCAGCCCCUACCAAAAGGCCUUCAUUCACAAUCAACCCCUACCCAAAGGCCUCCAUUCACAAUCAGCCCCUACCCAAAGGCCCCCAUUCACAAUCAGCCCCUACCCAAAGGCCUCCAUUUACAAUCAGCCCCUACCAACAGGCCUCCAUUCACAAUCAGCCCCUACCAAUAUGUCUCUAUCACAACCCUCCCCAUGUCAGCCCCUACUGACAGGCCUCUAUCACAACCCUUCCCAUGUCAGUCCCUACCGACAGGCCUCUAUCACAACCCUCCCCAUGUCAGCCACUACCGAUAG